AUGUUUAUACCGCCGAUAGGGUUUCGCUUCGCCCCCAAUGAAGAUGAAAUCCUCCAUUACCUGAGAAGUAAAGUGACGGGAGAGAGCUUGCCUGAGGGUAUAAUAUUGGAUAUUGAUCUUUAUGUGAAUGCCCCAUGGAACAUAUUCAGAAAAGAAUUCGAAGAUCAAUGGCGGCAUACGAGUAACAAGGAAUUCAUUAUCUACGUCUUCACUAAGUUGAAGAAAAUUGGCAAUAAGAAGAGAGUGGUAAGGAGAGCGGGGUGUGGGACUUGGGAUGGCAAAACCAAAACUCAUGAAAUUUAUAAUGGACAGAAACAACUUAUUGGUUUCAAAAGGAUGUUGGAUUUUGAAGCAAAUGUGGAGAACGAUGAGUACUCCAUCAUGCCACGAGGGCACUGGAUCAUGCACGAGUAUUCCUUAGGAGGUGUGAAUUUGAAUGGGUUAGAAAGUGAUGGUGAUUAUGUUGUUUGCAAGAUCAAACGAGAUGAUUCUAAAUUUCUAAGGAGAGCACCAAAGCAUGUUCGUGAAUUAUCCAAAGAAGAAAAUCCUAGUCCGAAGAAGAAGAAGAAAGAGCGAUAUGAUCAGGCCUCUACAAUUACUGCACAUAACACUCUGACUCUAAAGGAUCAACAUGAGUUGCUUCCAACACCAUGUUCUGAUUUUCAGCCGUUGCUGCUACCACAUCACGAUGAUAUCAGUACAACAAUAAACUCAUACCAAGACCAACAUGAGUUGCUUCUAACGCCGUGUUCCGAUUUUCAGCCGUUGCUACUACCACAUCAUGAUGAUAUCAGUACAACAAUGAACUCAUACGAAGACCUGCAGCAUAUUGAGGCAUUUUUUGACAACUGUGAUUUCGAAACAGAUUUCUUUGAUUCAGAUAUGGAGACACGCCUCAACGCUUUUUCUAAAAGUCUUAUGUUUGAUCACUCAUUUCUUUAG